UCUCUUUCGUGUAAGAUUAAGUCGUGUCGCCGAAAGGUAAAACCCCACCCAACACCCACAAACUCAGCCCCAGUCGGCGGACCAAUCAUCCCCUCUCUCCGGAGUUUCGUCUUCAUCGCAAUCACGCCGGUCAACUUAACAAUCUAGGGUUUGUUGACUUGUUUGGGCGGUGGUGUCGGAGGUGGUGGUGAUGAUGAUUAUGAACUGACUUUUAGUUUGAUUCAAUUUUGUUGAUUUUUUUUUGAAAUGAUGGAGGGUCAGAAUUUGGGAGGUGAGGGUCAAAGCGUUGACAAGAGUCAACCGAUUGGCGAUGAUUCGAAGCUGGUCCGUGGUGCGAUGGAUGUUGUUCAGGCCGUCGCCGAUGGAGGAGGGAAGGUGGAGUUAGGUAGCGGCGGAGGGGGAGGGGGAGGGGGAGGGGAAGUGGUGAAGAAGAAGCGAGGGCGGCCGCCUAAGGCUCAGGCGAAACAUCCUCCUGCUAAGAAGAACAAAGAAGAGGAGGAGGAGGAGGAUGUUUGUUUUAUUUGCUUUGAUGGUGGGAGUCUUGUGCUCUGCGAUCGCCGGGGUUGUCCAAAGGCAUAUCAUCCGACAUGUAUCAAACGGGAUGAAGCAUUUUUCCAAUCGGCAGCUAGAUGGAAUUGUGGUUGGCAUAUAUGUAGUUUAUGCCAGAAGGCCGCACAUCAUAUGUGCUAUACGUGUACAUUUUCAUUGUGCAAAGCUUGCAUCAAAAAGUCUGAUUAUGUGGGUGUCAGAAAUGAUAAAGGCUUUUGCACUAUAUGCAUGAAAACGAUCAUGCUGAUUGAAAAUAAUGGCCAGGGAGAGGAUGGAAAGGUUGAAGCAGAUUUUGAUGACAAACUUAGUUGGGAGUAUCUCUUCAAGGUAUAUUGGGUCUUCUUAAAAGGAAACUUAUCUUUGACUGUGGAUGAACUUAUUGCAUCCAAAAAGCGCUCGAACGGAGCUAGUACAGUGUCUUCAGCUCUUCCAUCAACUGGUGUACAUAAUAGAGCCAAUGACUUGAGGAGCAUUACAUCAGCAGCAUCUUUUGGUAAUGCGGAGGCAAAUGAAUCUAAAAGAAGAAAGAUAGAUGAGCAGGUCAAUAUACUCCCUAAGGAAACUGUAAAUACGGAAAAAGUGGGGAAUGAUGAUAGCCUGACUAUGGUUGAAUGCAAGGAGUGGGCAACCAAAGAGCUGUUGGAUUUUAUUGCACAUAUGAAGAACGGUGAUACAUCUGUAGUAUCUCAGCUUGAUGUCCAGGCACUUAUGAUUGAGUACAUAAAAAUAAAUAAUCUUCAUGAUCCUAGAAAGAAAAACCAAAUCAUAUGUGAUGUGCGGUUAAAGAAUAUCUUUGGAAAGCCACGAGUUGGUCACAAUCAAAUGCGGAAGCUUCUGGAACGCCAUUUUCUCAUUAAAGAGGACUCACAGAAGAGCACUGUCAACAGUAAUGCAGUACAGGAUGAUGCUAAUUGGAACCAUGCCAACAUGCUGAUGGUAAGUAAAGAUAGGAAACCUAGAAAUCGUAGUAAGGGUGAAGGACGAGUAGUACAGAAUAGAUUGGAUGAUUUUGCUGCUGUGGAUGUCCACAAUAUGAAUUUACUAUACCUGCGGCGUGAUUUGAUGGAAAAACUUCUUGAAGACACUGAAAAUUUUCAUGAUAAGGUGGUUGGAUCACUUGUGCGAAUAAGAAUAUCUGGUAGUGAUUUGAAGCAUGACAUGUACAGACUUGUCCAAGUUGUAGGUACUAGUAAGGUGGAUGUACCGUAUAAGGUUGACAGCAAAUUAGCAGACAUUAUGCUUGAAGUAUUAAAUUUAGACAAGAAGGAGACUAUAUCGAUUGAUACAGUUUCAGACCAAGAAUUUACUGAGGAAGAAUGCAGACGACUGCAACAAAGUAUACAAUGUGGGCUUGUAAAACACUUUAUUGUAGGUGAGAUACAAGAAAAGGCAGUGGCCCUACAGCCAGUCAAGUUAAAUGAUUGGACUGAGAAGGAGAUAUUGCGACUCAAUCAUGCCCGUGAUGCAGCAAGCGAGAAAGGGCAUAAGAAGAGUUAUAGAGAAUGUGUGGAGAAGCUCCAACUUCUGAAUUCACCUGAUGAACGAGAGCGCAGAUUAAAGGAAAUUCCAGUGAUUCGUUCUGAUCCAAAAAUGAAUCCGCAUUAUGAAUCGGAUGACACUGAAGAGUAUUUCAACAAAGAACAUGGAGAUCAUAUGGAGUCCAAAUAUUCUCGGGUCAGCAGCAAGAAUUCACGCUCGCCUAAAAAGAGAGCAGCACGAUCAAAUGCCACUAACAACAAAUCACGGAAAAACGAGCGAUCCAAAAGCAAAAAUGUUGAAGAUGGAUCUACUAAAGAUCUCGUUCCUUCAACUUUGGCGAAAUCACAAAACGAGCCUGAUUGUAAUGGUUCAACAAUUACCAAAUCGGAUCAUCAAGCCACAUUUAGCUCGACAGUAUCCAACAGUGCGCCGGAAACAAUAGCUUCAUCUCACUCCACCGAGAAGACCUCAUCUCCGAAUGACUUACUGUGGCAUUAUCUUGAUCCAUAUGGAAAAGUUCAAGGGCCGUUUUCUAUUUUACAGCUUCAGAGGUGGAGCACAACCGGAUACUUCCCGACUGAUAUGAUGGUAUGGGCAAGCCACGAGGACAAGUCACUACUUUUGACCGAUGUGCUGAAAGAGCAGCUUCACAACCACGAUGCCCACCAAAGCGAGAAUAUAAUCACGAGUAACAAAACUGGUAAUCAAACCGAGGGUCUCAAUGUUUGCAGUGCAAUUCCCUCUGCCGCCGUUGCUGUGACUCCAUAUGCUCCGGAUCCCGUCAAUCAUGAAAAGUUAUCCGAUAGUCAUGGUUCCUCUGGCCAAUCUUUUGGACAGAACUGGAGUGCGAAUAAUAACUUGAACGGUAAUCCCACAAGUGUUGCUUCUUUGACUUUGUCAAACGAGUCAACCGGGCAACUGAACGACGCAAAUAUGCCUAUGGGAACAGUGAGAAAUGAAGCCGAUAUUAAGCAUGUUUCUACUGUAUGUAAGGAUGCCGAUGCAGCACUCUUCGAUUUGCCAGGUCCUACACCAAAGAAGGCGAUCGUUGAAGAUGAGAAGAUGCAAUCACUGCCGGAUUCGAAACUAUUGAUUCAAGAUUCCGGGAACCCUCCAAGCUGGAGUAGUGCUUCGAGUCUAGUAGUUGGUGGGGCCAAACUUCCGGUUUCGGCUGAUGGAUGGGGUGGAUGUUCUUCGACUCCGGUCAAACGUGAAGAAUGGGACUCGGGUCUUGUAUCGGUCUCUUCUUUUAAACCUCUAGAGGUGGCGGGAGAUCAUGUUGCUACUCCGACCUCCAACAUCGACCAAAAUAUUCAAUCAUCACAACCGUGUAACGAUUUGCCGACGUGGCAUGGAAUGGGUGAAAUGAUCGAGUUCAGCACUUUGGCAGAGGAAUCAGUUUCGGAUCUAUUGGCAGAAGUCGAUGCUAUGGAGUCACAAUAUGGAUUGCCAUCCCCUACUUCAAGGAGGAACAGUUUUGUUGACGAUCUAUUUAACGGAUCCUUUGAUGAGUUCAGUCCGACCCCUGAUCAGGGUACGAGAAGUGAUGGCUUUAGCUCUAGUGGAGAUAUACAACUGCCUUGCCAAUCCACCACCACCACCACCACCGAUGAACACCUGGUCGGUGGCUCCUCUCGAGGUAACAAUAUUAACGCCUUCGAUCUUAUGAAGACGUCCAACGGCUUGCAGCUUCAUUCCUUUAUCAGCCAUGAAAUAGAUGGUCAGGCCUCAAUUGGUAUUCCUCAGAGAACAAAUUCGGAGAACAUGGUUUUUGAGUGGCCGGAAAUGGAGCGGGACCCACAGAAUAUGAUUGAUAUAAACAGGUCAGCUAAGGCUGAAGGCGAAGAAGGAGAGAUGGAAACCAAAACCAGUGAUGUAGUGAAAGUGAAGGUGGAGAAUGGGAAUUACAUUCAGCCGGUUGCACCCCUUGAUACGUUUCAAAACCGUGGUGGUUCCAGCCAUGCCGGGGCAGAUGGUGGUGGCAUUAUACUACAGGCGGAGUCGACGGGAGAUUUGAAGUCCACCGCUGAACCUAUGCGAGCACCAAAGACCGCCGGUGCAAGCAACCACAUGAGAGUUGGUAAUAUUCUGGAUAAAGAGGAAGACGACAGAUUUUUCCAGCCGCCACCACCGCCACCAGCGCCGCCUUUGACUUUGGGAUUGGACCCGUUUGACCUGCGUGGGUGGGGAUCAGAGGGUAAAGCGAAUGACUCAGGUCGGAGUGGAAACAUAGGAUGGGAGGCAAACGAGAACCAGAACCAUCGGAGGUAUGGCAGCGGUGAGAGGUAUAACAGUAGUAAUAGUCAGCAGCAUCCGGUUGAGGAGGGUGGAUGUAGCAGGAGCAGUAGGAGUGGAUGGAACAAGCAGCCUUCAUUUGGUAGCGGUAAUGGUGGUGGCGCUGGCGGUUAUUCACGGCAGUCACCACCAGCUAAAGGGCAGCAGCAGCAGCAGCGUGUGUGUAAAUUUUAUGAGAGUGGGAGGUGCAAGAAGGGAGCCUCCUGCAAGUAUCUGCACCCAUGAGAGGGUGGUUUCCGGCGGCCUGUUGGACCUUUUUUUUGUAUAAUCAGUUAUAUAAAUAUAAUAUAUAUAUAUAUAAGGCGUGUUGUCAAGUGAAGUCUGCUGAAUAUGUGCAGUUGUUAAUGUAACUGGUCUCAGAUUAAAAUUACGUGCAGGCCAUCAAAAUACAA